UUACAAUCAUCACAUGAAACAAGAAAAAUUACUAUGUCGCUACUAAUUUUUAGUUUUUGGAUAUUUAUAUUAUUUUAUGUGAUCUUCUUUUAUGUUAAUAGGAAAAUAUUCAAGUUUGCUUGGAAUAAUAAGGGUUUUUUUUUGCCGAUUUUGCCUGUGAUCGGUACGACGUGGAUUAGUUUAAUAACUGGGAAAAAGCCAAGUUUACUAGCUAUUGCUAAUUGGAUUUAUGAGUACAUAGGAGGACCAUCAAUAAAUUUCUGGAUUGGCCAUACCUAUCACUAUGUAACAUUGGAUGCUGAUGAGAUAAGAAUUGUUUUAAGCCACCCAAAAUGUUUGGACAAAUCCAGUAUAUACAAUGAUGUACAAAAUGUUUUUGGGAAAAACAGCAUUGCUUUUAUUGCACAGGAAAAAUGGAAAGCAAGAAGAAAACAUUUUAUAAAAGGCUUCAAACCCAUUAUUUUGAGAAGUUUUAUGGGCAAAUUUCAUAACUAUAGUUGCAAAUUGCUAGAAGAACUUGAAGGAUUGAAUGGUGCUUUAGUAUCAUUCGAUGUCAUGCACACGUUCGUUUUUACAACGUUUUGUGCUACUGCCCUUGGAUUGGAUGUAAAUAAAUUUGCUAAUGAACUAGCAGAAUUUGGAAAUUUAAGAGCAAAAAUUGAAGAAGCUUUAACUGCAAAAGUCCUAAACCCAUUAAUUCCAUAUUCAAUAUGGAUAAAUUUCUUUCCGAAUGGCAGAAAAACUGCCGUCUAUAUGAAAAGAAGCAACACAAUUAUAGAAAAAAUUAUUAGAGAGCGAAAAACCGAGUUAGAAAAAAAUCAAGACUAUAUAGCAAAUAGUAAUGAAGUGCCUUUGUUAGACUUAAUUCUUAGCAAUGACCAAAAAAUGACGACCGAUGAACAAAUAUUUGAAGAAUUGGUUUUAUUUACUAGUGCAGCAGUUGAAAGCACUUCUUUUGUAUUAUACCUUGGCUUCACCAUUUUGGCAAUGCAUCCAGAUAUUCAAGAAGUUCUUCUUAACGAAGUAAUCACAGAAAUUGGUGAUAGAGACAUUUCAUCUAAUAAUAUUGGCUACCUUAAGUAUACCGAAGCAACUCUUUGUGAAAUAAUGAGGUUUCUACCAGUUGUGCCUUUCAUAGCACGGAUUACAGGAGACGACAUUGAUGUAGGAAAUAAAGUUAUUCCCAAAGGAGUAGAUUUCGUAGUGGACAUUUGGCAUCUUCACAGGGUUCCAGAGUACUGGAAGAAUCCAGAAAAAUUCGAUCCAACAAGAUUUUUACCAGAAAAUCUAGACAAAAUUAAACCAUGUAGUUAUAUGCCAUUUUCUCAAGGACCUAGAGAUUGUAUAGGAAAACAUCAUGCAAUGGCGCUACUAAAGAUAACCUUUGCAAACGUUAUAAGAAAUUUCAAGAUCACUACAAGGCACAAAUCUGUUGAUGAAUUUGAUUUAGGUUCGGCGGUCACAUUAUAUUCGGCAAAACCUAUAGAUCUACAUUUUGUUACGAGAACCAAAUCCUCGACAAAAUCUCAAUAGAACUGUAGAUAGGACAGAAAUUGCCUCAUCUUUGCUAAAAUGAGAUUGGAUUUUUAUAAAAUUUAAGUACCUAACUUAUAUUAUGAGUUUACUGUUGACUAUGUCUUGCUUUUGCUUAUGAAAUAUCAAAGCCUAAACUAUACUUUUGGAACCAAAUAUUAUACCAAGAUGUGAGGUUUUAAAGUAAUAUUUUCUAGAGUAGGUACAAUGGUACAAAAAUAUGAUAACAUAAAAAUACGUUUAUAUUGAAAUAUAUUUCAAUUGUUCCUUUCUACCUUUGCGACGAUAUUUCUCCAAUAGAAGAGGAGUAUAGUUAUCAAUUUGAAAUUCAAAUCAGAAUCAGUAACAGUGUCUUAUGAGUUCAUAUAAGUUAUUUUAAUAAAGUAAUACUAA